CUGAAGCGGAGCGCUCAUCCCUCCUCCGAAGCUGUAGCUGCCCACUCCCCUCGCCUUCCUCCUUGGCAACUGUGCGCUCCUCAGCAUCAUGCUGUGGCGGGGCAGCCAGGUGCUACGGCACUUCUCCACCGGCCAGAGGUUCCCUGGACCCCUACGUGAGCGGUGUAAGAUCGGGACAGCGGACUAGUGUGAGCACUGAGCUCUGGCCUUGCAAGGUUUACCGGACGUGGCUGGGACGUUGCAAGCAGCGACAGCUCGGUGCUUCCCACCGAGCAGCUGCGGCGAGGUUUCCAGGAUCACCCAGCGCUUCGGGAGUGGCCACGCUGGAACCCUGUAAAACUAGAGAGUAAGAGCCCGGCCUGGCCCAGCCCACAGGCUUGGGAUUGCAUCAGCGCUUCUAGAAACGGGGCCGACACGUUGCAAGUGACUGCCUUCAGCAGUUCGGUGGGAGAAGAGCCUAUUGAGUCUAGACAAUUCAGGCUGUUCGGGCAAGGAAAUCGUCUAUCCUGUUCUCUUAAGUCUUUUUUUGUCAGCAGUACACCCUAAUUGUGUUAUAAAAGAUUCUUUCCCCCUCUUGGCUUUUCUCUGGCAAUGCCAUAUGUUUGUUUUUUGUUUUUUUGUUUUUUUUUUUAAUUGAAGGAAGAAUCCUGAGUUGUAGUAGUUCCAGAUUUGCAUUUAUUUCAAAGUUUUCUUUUUCCUAGAUAAGCACAAAUGGUCGGAAUCAUUUUGGUCCUUACAAUCAAUUCUAGUGAGUUUGUUGAACAUCAAAGUUUAUAAAAUCGGAAGGGCAAGCUGUGUCGGCCCUGGGUUUUUGACUGCUCUGCUGGGCAGUCCAUGGACCCUUCCUUAAUUUCUUCAGCCACUCUGGCUGUGCAGUCUGGUCAGGUGGCACAGACAGCAAAAGGCCGUGUCUAAUGACCUUGCCUUUGUCACCACCUUGUCAGUGAACUGUUGGAAAGCUGAAAGGAAGAAGUCUUGAAGGAUGAGCAGAUUUCCAUCCUGGGACUACUGGGACUACAGAAGGGUUUAUUUCAAAAACAAGCUGAAGUUGGCACUUAUUGGCCAGAGCCUCUUUGGACAGAAAGUCUACAGCCACCUCCAGAAAGAAGGCCAUCGAGUGGUGGGGGUGUUCACAGUUCCAGACAAGGAUGGGAAGGCUGAUCCUCUAGCUUUGGCUGCAGAGAAAGAUGGGACCCCUGUGUUCAAGUUCCCCAGAUGGAGAGUGAAGGGUAAAACCAUCGAGGAGGUGGCAGAAGCCUACCGGUCGGUGGGCGCUGAGCUCAACGUGCUGCCCUUCUGCACACAGUUCAUCCCCAUGGAUGUCAUUGACGGCCCAAAGCACGGCUCCAUCAUCUACCACCCAUCGCUCCUACCCAGGCACAGAGGAGCUUCGGCCAUCAACUGGACUCUAAUCAUGGGAGAUAAGAAAGCUGGGUUUUCUGUUUUCUGGGCAGAUGAUGGCUUAGACACAGGACCCAUCCUUCUUCAGAGAUCAUGUGACGUCAAACCCAAUGACACAGUGGAUGUGCUCUAUAACCGGUUCCUUUUUCCUGAGGGGAUCAAGGCCAUGGUAGAAGCCGUCCAACUCGUAGCUGACGGAAAAGCUCCUCGAAUUCCCCAGCCGGAAGAGGGGGCAACAUAUGAAGGUAUCCAGAAGAAGGAAAAUGCUGAGAUUUCGUGGGACCAGCCUGCUGAAGUUUUGCAUAACUGGAUCCGAGGUCAUGAUAAGGUCCCUGGAGCCUGGGCAGACAUAAAUGGACAGAUGGUGACUUUCUACGGCUCUUCAUUAUUGACUAGUCCUGUGCCUGCUGGAGAACCACUGGACAUUACAGGUGCCAAGAAGCCUGGUCUUGUUACCAAAAAUGGACUUGUUCUUUUUGGUAAUGAUGGAGAAGCACUGAUGGUGAGGAACCUGCAGCUUGAGGAUGGGAAGAUGAUCCCCGCCUCCCAGUACUUUUCAUCGGGUGAGACAUCAGUGGUUGAACUUUCAGCUGAGGAGAUGAAAGUAGCAGAGACCAUCAAGGUCAUCUGGGCUCGAAUUUUAAGCAACAUCCCUGUGAUUGAAGACUCCACAGACUUCUUUAAAUCUGGAGCAAGCUCAAUGGAUGUUGUGAGGCUGGUGGAGGAGGUCAGGCUGCACUGUGGAGGGCUUCAGCUGCAGAAUGAGGAUGUCUACAUGGCCACCAAGUUUGCAGAUUUCAUCCAAAAGGUUGUGCGGAAACUGAGAGGAGAGGACCAAGAGGCGGAGCUGGUGGUGGAUUAUGUCUCAAAGGAGGUCAACGAAAUGACGGUGAGAAUGCCCUAUCAGUGUUUCAUAAACGGACAGUUUGUGGAUGCCGAGGAUGGAGAGACGUACGCCACCGUCAACCCCACAGACGGAUCUACACUAUGCAGAGUAUCCUACGCUUCAUUAGUGGAUGUUGACAAAGCAGUAGCUGCAGCCAAGGACGCCUUUGAAAAUGGAGAAUGGGGAAGGAUGAAUGCCAGAGAAAGAGGAAGACUGAUGUACAGACUUGCCGACCUACUGGAAGAAAACCAAGAGGAGCUGGCGACCAUAGAAGCACUGGAUUCCGGGGCUGUCUACACGCUGGCGCUGAAGACUCACAUCGGAAUGUCUGUGCAGACGUUCCGAUACUUCGCAGGCUGGUGUGACAAAAUUCACGGCUCUACAAUUCCAAUCAAUCAGGCCCGGCCAAACCGCAACCUGACCUUCACCAAGAAGGAGCCACUUGGCCCCUGCGCCAUCAUCAUCCCCUGGAACUACCCCCUGAUGAUGCUGGCCUGGAAGAGCGCAGCGUGCCUGGCAGCCGGCAACACCCUGGUACUCAAGCCUGCGCAGGUCACGCCUUUGACGGCUCUGAAGUUUGCAGAGCUGACGGUGAAGGCGGGCUUUCCCAAGGGGGUGAUCAACAUCAUUCCUGGCUCAGGGGGUGUCGCAGGACAGCGGCUUUCUCAGCACCCCGACAUCCGCAAGCUUGGUUUCACAGGCUCCACCUCCGUGGGCAAACAAAUCAUGAAAAGCUGUGCUGUGAGCAACCUGAAGAAAGUUUCCCUUGAACUUGGUGGCAAAUCCCCACUUAUAAUAUUCAGUGACUGUGAACUUGACAAGGCAGUGCGGAUGGGCAUGGGUGCGGUGUUUUUCAACAAAGGGGAGAACUGCAUCGCAGCUGGGCGGCUGUUCGUGGAGGAGGCCAUUCACGAUGAGUUUGUCACCAGAGUGGUGGAAGAGGUCAAAAAGAUGAAGAUCGGUGACCCACUGGACAGAGCCACAGACCAUGGGCCCCAAAACCACAAAGCCCAUCUGGAGAAGCUGCUGCAGUACUGUGACGCCGGGGUGAAGGAGGGGGCCACGCUGGUGUGCGGAGGGAGACAGGCGCAGAGGCCGGGCUUUUUCAUGGAACCCACUGUGUUCACAGGCGUGGAAGACCACAUGUACCUUGCCAAAGAGGAAUCCUUCGGGCCUAUUAUGGUCAUUUCUAAAUUCCAGAAUGGGGACAUUGAUGGAGUGCUGCAACGAGCCAAUAACACGGAGUAUGGUUUGGCCUCAGGGGUUUUCACAAGAGACGUUAGCAAAGCCAUGUACGUGAGUGACAAGCUAGAGGCAGGUACCGUUUUCAUCAACACCUAUAACAAGACAGACGUGGCAGCCCCGUUCGGUGGGGUGAAGCAGUCUGGCUUUGGAAAAGACUUAGGUGAGGAAGCCCUGAAUGAAUAUCUCAAGACCAAAACAGUGACACUUGAGUAUUAGAGAAACGCCAGCACCAGGAAACCUUUGACGGAGGGCCCACUUCUCCAUCCUCACACACAGAAGACCGUUGCAGUGCUGAGGAAGGAGGAGCCAUGAAACACAAACACGGACCAAGAAGAGGGCCACUUGAGGAAGCAUUUACCUGAGGGCCUCAGCAAAUUCAAGCAUACUUUAUCAUUAAAUGCUUGCCUCUGUUAGGUUUUUAACAGUGUUGGGUACUGUAUGUAUUUCUGAAGUAUCGAAGCUCCCUCUCCCUCCCAGGAAGGAUUAUUCUCUUCAAGGUCAUUCCUCUUGAACACACUGACCUCACUCAAAGGUACAUUUAAGAUUUCUGGGUCUCAAGCCCCAAGCCGAUGCUGGACACUAACAACUAUUUCUUUAGCUCUGCUCUCCGAGAACAGUACCUAGAACACAGUGGCGGUUCUCCUCCUUUCACAUUGGGAGCAGUGUUGUUGGUCUUUGUGCCUUUAGCUAUUUUGUAACCCUGUGACAGAAGCGC